AUGUGGAAGACUUACACAGAGCUGUCUAGACCAGAGGCUGUCAAAUUUCUAGCUAGAUCCGACUUAAUUGGUCAGUUACCCUCUUUUACCACUCUUUUAAAACAACACUGAAUUAUGCAUGAUAAAUUGACAAAAUAUAUUCUUACAUGUGCAUCAUUCACAUCACUGUCAUACUUUUUAUAUAGCCCUUUUAAGAUCUGUACCCGGGUUAGUUUGAUAGCUAGGUGCUCUAUUCAAUCUGUAUCACUGAAGCGUUAAAGAUUGCGCUAUAGACAUUUUAAAUUAAUUUCCGAUUGAGCCGACAUAGCCUAUACAGCGUUUACGGUGAAUACAGUCUCUGCUAACGCGGGAACAUUGCAUUUAAAUUUCAAUCACGCUGUAACGCUGAACUUCAGCAAUAUAGAUUGAGUAGAGCCCUAUGCUACUGUAACUUAUAGUUUAGUGAAUCAUUUUUUUGUCCAACGUUCAUAUCAAUUACAUGUAAACUUGAACACACCAAACAUGCCUGUCUCCUCAACAUAAAAAAACGAAUGUGAAAUAACUUUAUUUAAAACAAUGCAGAGAAAAAAAUUCCAGGAAAUAUAUGCUCAUUGUUAGGUUCAUGACCUACACAAUUUUGUGUGCUGAAUUGUCCCACCAGGUUCAAUUACAUCUUCUCUUGGAAACCCAAAGGGCCUGCCUUUUUAUAUUUUUUUUUAUUGCAUUCUGAAAAUGAUAUUGCCAGUAGAUGCCUAAAUAAUAUGUGAUUUAUUUGAUCAAUGAAUCUAUUUUGUUCUACAUGUCUGUAGUACGUCAUUGUCGUAUCUAUGUAAGAACAUUAGGUGCCAAGUAAGCCCUGUCUCAGACCAAACUAAUAGCCUGAAGUAGAACCAGCCCAGACCCCAUAUCAGUCUGCCCUCGAUGUGUGUGUCCUCUGUGUGAGGUAGUGCUGUGUGUGGGUGGUAGCGUGGGUGGCAGUGGGCUCAGGUUCCAUGACAUUUAUGUGUGUUUCAUCCCCCCUCCUCCCCCAGGUCAUGGGGGUCUUAACCAACUAGGCGGAAUGUUUGUGAACGGCCGUCCGCUUCCGGAGGUGAUCCGGCAGCGCAUCGUGGACAUGGCCCACCAGGGCGUGCGUCCCUGUGACAUCUCCCGGCAGCUCCGUGUCAGCCACGGCUGUGUCAGCAAGAUCCUGGGACGGUGAGCACCUCAUAGCACCUUUACACAACAGGGUGAAACCGUUAGCGGCCCUCUAUUGUGUUCUCAAGACACCUUAACCAUGAACCACGGUCUCCCAUUGUUAAAAGAUUCUGGGUUCACUAUACAGUACGUCAUUGGUACCGUAAACACCUAUUUUUGUUCAAUCCAAAUGAUGACCACCCACAUUCACCAUAUUGCUCUCUGACUAAACAAACCUCUCUCUCCUUUUCCAGCUACUACGAGACUGGUAGCAUCAAGCCAGGAGUGAUUGGGGGCUCCAAGCCCAAGGUGGCCACUCCUAAAGUGGUUGAUAAGAUAGCAGAUUACAAGCGUCAGAACCCCACCAUGUUUGCCUGGGAGAUCAGAGACAGGCUGCUGGCAGAGGGGGUGUGUGACAGCGACACUGUGCCCAGUGUCAGCUCCAUCAACAGGUACUGACUAACCUCUACAUUAUGCUAUGUGUAAACCAAUAAAUAUCACUGAGUGGGCCUUUAAAAUAAGAACUGUGAUCUCUUUAGGAGUGUAAGACAAGUGUAUAGAAAUUGAAUCAGCAGAACAAACGUAGAUGUAAAGUCUGUGAUCUUUCAACACAGUUCACUGCACCUAUCUGGUGUAGGUGACAAUAAAACAUUUAUUUAUUAUUAUUUAUAAUCUCUGCUCUUUAUUCCAGAAUAAUCCGAACCAAGGUGCAGCUGCCUUUCAACCUGCCUCUGGACGGCAAAGGCUUAAGCCCAGGACACACACUCAGUGAGUCUCUACACACACACACACACACACACACACACACACACACACACACACACACACACACACACACACACACACACACACACACACACACACACACACACACACACACACACACACACACACACACACACACACACACACACACACACACACACACACACACACACCCUUGUCAUUAACAAAGCACUAACACUCCCCCCACUCCAACCACCAACACACGCCUUCAAUAAGGUCUAGCAUUAUGAUCUGAUCAUGCAGUAUUAAGCCUAAAGAAACUCCAUGCUUAAUGGUCCAUAACAUUAAGCGCUAAUGGUCAACGAUAAUAUUGUAGUAAUAAUGGUCCGUUUCCCCUUUCUGUCUGUCAGUUCCCAGUUCAGCUGUCACUCCCCCAGAGUCGCCCCAGUCCGAUUCCCUGGGCUCCACCUACUCCAUCAGUGGCCUGCUGGGGAUACCACAGCCCAGUCAAGAGGGCAAGAGGAGCCAUGACGACAGUAAGAACCCACAAAUUCUCAUGCAUUCCCAAAUCCUGAUGUUCUAUCCUCCUCUCACAUUUUAAGAUUAUUUUUAUUCAAUUCAAUAAGAUUCACUCUCGCAAUUUAUCCUACAAUCAUUUAAGUACAAACUCAAAUAGAUUCAACAGCUUCUCAAUAUAACGCCACCCCUCUCUCUCUCUCUCUCUCUCUCUCUCUCUCUCUCUCUCUCUCUCUCUCUCUCUCUCUCUCUCUCCCUCUCUCACCCUCUCUCUCUCUCAGGUGACCAGGAGAGCUGUAGACACAGUGUGGACUCUCAGGGCAGCGCAGGCGUUCCUAGGAAGCAGUUGAGACCAGAGCACUUCCCCCCGCAGCACCUGGACUGUGGCUUUGACCGCCACCACUACCCCCCAGACUUCAGCUCUGCAGCAGCCAGCAAGACCGAGCAGGUACAGUAGCCUACAUGGCACAUUGGCACUGAGAGGUGGAGUCUGCUUAACUCCACUGCAAAAAUGACUGUCUCUAUCCAUCUCUUUGUCUCUCUUUUUCAUUUCCAGUCUCUUGCUCUCUCUCCCCCUCUCUUUUUCACACACAACACACACUCACGUACAAAUGGUUAAUCUGCUCUAUCCUCCACAGACUGUGUACCCUCUCUCGCUCAUCAAUGGCAGUCUAGAAGACGGGAAGACCAGCCUCUCGACAUCGAGUGCUGCUAUUGGUCGGAAUCUGGCAGCGCACCAGGGCUACACUGUGGUGACAGGUAAGACUCUUACGAUGGAUGGUGCCCUCUCACCCCGCACAAAGAUCAGCGCUCAAAGAUGAAGCAGAAGGAAAACUGAACACGCUGACACAUGGAAACAUUAUUUUCCAUCAGCAUAUUUCAAGACUCAAUUCACAAAGACUCAAUUUUAAAUAUCAUAAUGCAUUCAUAAUCUGUGAAUGUAAUAGCAGUCUGUUUAGGCGUGUAUACUCCAGACUGUAUCAACUGCGGUUGUCAUCAAUCUAAUAAUAGAUCUUGUUUCCCACUGAGCUAUCAUAGCAGUUGAUGUUUAUCUCUGCAGUGCAGCCACAUUUUAGCUUGCCGUGCCUGCUGAUGCGUUGUACAAUUAAUUUGGCCUAUUAUCACGAGCUGCCCAAAGCACCCUUUCAAGUUUAAUUUAAAACAGACGUACAAGAUGUGCUGUAUAUUUAAUGUAGUACCCAUUCCCUCAUCAUUUGUUUCAAGCAUUAAUUUCAGCUUCCUGGCUAUGCUGCUGUGUAUUUGUUAACCCAUUCAUUCAUAUUAGAUAAUUCCAUUUUAUUUCAUUUUCUCACCCAUCCACCCACUGGCCAUGCCACCUCAGACCCGCUACAGCCCCUCCCACUUUGUCUGAAACAGGAAAUGUCCCCGGAGGUGACCAGCACAAGCCCCUCCCCAAACGUGGUGGCCAACUCUGCUUUUCUAGAGCUGCAGUCGCUGCAGGCCCCUGUCACUGUCAGUAGCAGCUGCAGCAGCUCCAACCAUUUCCCUCAUGCGUUCAACUCAUUCUCCCAUCAUGCACCAGUGUAUGGCCAUUUCAGCAGCCAGUCUCUCAUAGCAGGUAAUGAAGCAUUCAUCUCAUCCAUUGCCACGCCCUGUAGGGGGUUCAUACAGACAGUAUAGCAUACACUCGCUUAUCAUGUCAACUGCCACAACACACCAAACCCCAUGUGCAGAACUGUACUGGAGCAUCAAUUGCUGUAGAUGAUGGUGAGCACCACUGACAGUGCCAGACUUGAUUUGUUUUUCAUGUAUACAUCCACCUGCUGCACUACUACAGUACGCGUACAUCCUCAGGCUGACAGUGUGUGGUCUGUCCUCCUCUGUUUCAGGGCGGGAUAUGGUGAGCUCCACUCUCCCCGGCUACCCUCCUCACAUCCCCUCCAGUGGCCAGACAGGCUACUCAUCCUCUGCCAUCACUGGCAUGGUAGCAGGUAAGACUCCCGUCCAUUGACACACACACAGGCUAUGAGACAGGCUAUGGCAUCCUAAAAUGGGAUUUCCGAGAAAGAGAUGAUGUCUCUACUUUCAGUUCAGCUUAGAUAUAUGCAGUUCAUAGUUUUAUUUAUACCCAAACCUGAUCCUAUCUGUGUUUUCCCUUUGGGAACGCUGAAACUGCAUACACUAUUAGGACAAAGCACCACAGAGAAGAAUGUAGACAAAAAACUAAACAUUGUUUUAGGGCAAGGCAGUGACCAAAACCAACGUUAAAAAAGCAAGGAUGGGCGUGAGAGAGGGAGAGAGAAAUGCUGGGAGGGAGGAUUGGAGAUUAACAGGAAGGCAUGCUGGUUAAUGAGUAGCCUGCUCGGCUGGUGAACUGCAUGGUGGUGCAGCCAGGGCCCAGGGGGUACAAGGGAACAGGCUGGGGGUUCCGCCCUGCUGCCCGCACCCCCACGCCGCCCCUCUGACCACACAUCACCAUGGGAACCAGGGGCCCCACCAGAGGGGGGAGAGAGGGUGGGGGGCCACAGGGUGGCAGAGUGGGCCCGGGUGAGAGAGAGAGAGAGAGGGGGGAGGGGGGGAGAGAGCAGAGGAGGAGGAUCUUUGUGGUGUGUGUGUGUGUGUGUGUGUGUGUGUGUGUGUGUGUGUGUGUGUGUGUGUGUGUGUGUGUGUGUGUGUGUGUGUGUGUGUGUAUGUGUGUGUGUGUGCGUGUGUGUGUGUGUGUGUGUGUGUGUGUGUGUGUGUGUGUGUGCCUUUUUUAUUUGAAGUCUGCCCUUCGAAGCGCGAAAUGAGAGGGUCUGAUUUAUUAUUUUUCUGGUGGGCUUGCUGUGAGGAAGCGUUCAUACACAAUUACUCACAGAAAGGGGGGGGUCUGGGGGCGAGCCGGGGUAUUCAAACCAGCCAACAUAAUUACCAAUUAGAUAUUGGAAUGUAAAAAAAAAAAGAAUGUAAAAAAAGAGAGGAGACAGAAAGGUUGAAAGGCUAAAGCAGGAAGUGAGGGAUAGAGAGGAGAGGAGGGCAUUUUGGACGGACGGAGAGGGGAGGGGUAAACGUUAAAGAGAGGAAGCGGAGACUAGCCACACGCACCAAUGAGUCGAGGGAUUUUACCCCCAGCCAUCCACCUGGCUCAUAGAUUAAUGGUUUACAAGCUGCCCUAACCAUUGGUGAAUUAUGAGCUAAAUCUUAGCAGAUGCUGGCAAGAGGACAAACACCCUCAAAUGAAGGCAAAAAAACACUUUGAGGAAGGCGGUGUCUUUAUAAGAAAUAUUAUGCCUGAUGUUGUCUAGACUGUAAUGUAUUUUUUUCUAUACACAUACGUGUGUGAAUUUCUUACUGAAUAAUGUUGGUUACUGUAUGUCUCUCACUGUACAUCUGAUGUGUGUGCUGUUUUGUUCCAUGUCCUGCAGGUGCAGACUACUCUGGCCAGACCUACACUCACUCCCCCUACACCUCCUACAGUGAAGCUUGGAGAUUCACCAACUCAAGCAUUCUCGGUGAGUCAGUCAGUCAGGCACAGUGGUGUUCAAUGGACACACCCUUCCUAAGUAUUAGAAGCAUGUACUGUAGUCUGUGUUGUGUGUGUACUGGAACGGUGACAGAUUCCACACAGGACCGUACUGUUUAGAACGCUGAUGUGUUGUGAUUGAAGUGAACGUGAUCUUCAUGAACAAAUGCAAAACCAACGUGUUCAGAAUACAGUUCACUGACCAGACUGAAUUGUUGUAGAUAAAAGUCCCAGCUUCCAAUUAAACUUUUUUUUUAAAGGUUCCCUUUGAAAUGUUGAAUACCAACCAUUCCUGUCAAGUCAAGUUUAUACUUUAAACCUUAUUCAACAGCUUUGAACCUAAGAUACAAUGAAUUUGAACCCAGAGUAUCAAUGAGAAAACCGCAAAUACAAAUCCUCACUCCAACCAGAAAAUCAUGCACAGUCAAACUUUUGGUAUCAGUCAGGUGAAAUGUAUCAGGAUCUCCCCUAGUCCCCAUGGAAACUAGUUACCCAGUUACCAGGGGGUCGGCUCUAUACCACUGCCGUCUAUUGGUGUGUACGGUAACUCUCUCUGAGCUUACCAGCCUAUGAGAACUUGUGUUCUGUUGUGACUUUCUGGUCACAAGUCAGUGUGUCACCUUGAACCAGCUGAUUUCACCAAUUAUUAACGACACAGGGGAACAUAGAGAGUAUUAAUGCUUGUGUGUUCUGAAUGCUGAAUUCUAUGCAUAAUGCAAAAUAUUCUGUGAUAUUUCUUCCAUCAAGUAGACCCAUACUUUAACAGAGAGAAGGUGCAAAACAGGCAGCUUUAUUCAUGGGACAAACUAUCCAAGCAAGGCCGAUUUCCAUCUGAACCAUCUGCUAUUGUCAUGUGGUUGAUGGGAUUAAGAAAGCCUGCUCUGCAUUGCAUUGUCCCUCCUAACACCAUCAAAGCCAAGCUAAAAAUCAAACCACAAUAGUAAACUCCUUUCUCUCUGUCGCCCCCUGCAGGUUCACCCUAUUACUAUGGCACGGCCUCCCGCACCGCUCCACCAUCCACCACUGCCUACGACCAUCUCUAGCUCCCAUGGACCAACCCUCAUCAAGAGGACUGGUAAUGAGGACCAAUAGGCAAAUGCAGCAAGGGAUAGGAAGCUAUGAGGAGAAUUGGACUGUCUCCCAAUAAUGGACAGGGGUGUAAAGACAUCGGAGGGACAUUUAAGACUUUUAGUGGCAACACUGGACCAGCUAUGCUUGACCCUGAACUCAUGGACAAUACCUUCUCAUGGCUAACUAAUUAAUUAUUUAUUUGUUUUUAAUGACAGCCUCAUCCAGGUUGACUUUACACGUUUACACAUGACAUUCUAAACACUGUAAUACAUUUGGGCUACUGAUUUCUAUGACUUUUUCAGUGGCAAAGGCCUGAAUCCUGCAUUGUGUAUACAUUGCUCCAAAGCUGUUUCACCAAAGACUUUAUUUGUAGCACAUUUUGCAACACUCUGACAUGCGACUUUGACUUCAUGACAUCACAGGAUGUAUUGGUGUCACAGUACAGUAACUGCUUUUUUGUGAAGCUACGCCUGUAUUUGCAUCAAGUUUACAAUCGUUUUAUACAAUAAUACACAAUUUCGCAUUCUAGUGUCGGUUUUUCCGGAUUCUCUGUGUUGAAUUCAAAAUUCAGCCUCUUUGAGCUCACCACCCAACAAAACCUUCCAGAUC